CGUGAAUCGCUGCGCACGCUGAGGGGUCGUUGUCAGAGUGGGUUCCGGCGGCGCGGCCUGUGCUCGCGGCCAUGUGGGCUCUCGCUAUGUUCCUGCUGCUGGUGACGGCGUUCUUGUGGAUUCGGAGGCCGCAGAGACCACCUAACUUCCCGCCGGGCCCUCCAACAUUUCUCAUCUUUGGCAAUAUUUGGACGGUGAUUGACUGGAUUCGGGGCCAGUUUCUUGCGAGCAUGAGCCAUUGUCAGCACGAGUUUGGAGAUAUUCUUGGCUUCGUGCUUCCUACGGGUGACAAGAUUGUGCACAUUCGCAAGUUCGAAGACAUCAAAGAGGCCUGCGCGAUGCACGAGCUGUCUGGAAGACCGAACAACUUUGCUCUGCUAGUCCGCAGCUUCCAACAAAAGCUGGGUGUCGUAAUGAACGAAGGCCCUUCCUGGGUAGAGCACAGGCGCUUUGCUUUAAGGCACCUAAGGGAUCUGGGCCUCGGGAAAAACUCCAUGGAGUCGACAGUUUUGAACGAAUUCGAAGAGCUCUCCCAGGAGAUGACACGUGACAUUGACUCACCGAUGAAAGUUAACUUCCGCUUUAACUUGACGGUGCUGAACAUACUCUGGAGACUGGUCGCCGACAAGCGGCUGGAGAGUAGUGAUCCCAAGGCCCAACACUACAUCGCGGCGGUCAACGACUUAGUCACUACCAUCGGUCCGGGUAACCCGAUGAACCUGGCGCCGUGGCUGCGUCACAUCGCCCCCGAGUGGAGCGGCUACGGGCCGCUGAUCCGACAUCGCGAUACUACGAUCGGCAUGUUCCACGAGGUGGUCCACGAGCAUCGGCAGACGCUGGACCGCUCCAGCCCCCGCGACUUCGUCGACCAGUUCCUGCUGGAGAUGGAGAAGCCAGACGCUGAGGCUCGCCUCUUCACCGAACGCAACCUGUCCAUCAUCGGCAUGGACUUCUUCGUCGCCGGCAUGGAGACGACGUCCACCUCUCUGAGCUGGGCGUUGCUCUUCAUGGUCAAGUAUCCGGAGUUGCAGAAUCGCGUACAGCGCGAGAUCGACGCUGUUCUCGGCGCAAGUCCGCCGACCUACGGCGACCGCAUGCGCAUGCCGUACACUGAGAGCACCACGGUGAUCAUGGACUUGGACAUGGUGCACAUGGACCCGGCGUACUGGGGUGACCCGGAGGCGUUCAGGCCCGACCGGUUCCUGCACGCGGACGGCAGCGUGCGCCGUGAUGAGCGGCUCAUCCCGUUCGGCAUCGGGAAGAGGUUCUGCCUGGGAGAGACGCUGGCGCGCAUGGAGAUGUUCAUGCUCUUCACCUGCCUGCUGCAGCGUUUCAGCUUUACUGCCGUCCCAGGGCAGCAACUCCCGCUGGAGACCAGCUUCACGGUCGUGCAGCAGCCUCCCGAGUUCUUUGUGACCUACAAGCCGCGUGAUUAG